AUGGCCAGCGCCACGCCCAUUCAGACCCGGCCGUACCGUUCACACAAAGUCCCAGCCUGCACUAGGUGUCGGUCCCGGAAGAUUCGCUGCCAUAUCGAUAUACCUGGAGAACCAUGUCUGUCUUGUCGAGAGCGACGACUCAAAUGCCAAUACAUCGAAGGCUCGUCCAACAACUCUCCAACUGAAGAAGGCGGUGAACGUCGGCCGUCCAAGCGGCGACGACAUAGUCAGCCUGGCGAUGGCAUUUCCAGACCGCAGUCAGCGCCCAUCUUACACAAGACCUCCAACAAUCCCUCAGCUUCUAUCAUGCUAGCCCCUCAUUUAGCCGAGGAUGUUGACAUCUUCAAUCGUCACAUUCUCCAGCACCGUAAACCCGGCGGUGAAGCGACCGAGACGUCCAGCUAUCAGACUCUGCUGCAUGAUAGCAAGGACCCGGUUGUUUAUCUCACGGUGCCCAGAUUUAGAACCGGCUUGCCCCCUAACAGUGGGUGUGGUAGGGCUCAGCAUGAAAUACUCGAGCAGAUCAUAGGUCCAUUCAAGCGGGAGGUUGUAGAGCUCUAUUUUCCACACAUUCACUACCACUUUCCGAUUCUUGAUGACGAGACGUGCGAGACGCUGCGGAGCGGACAGUUCUCCAAGAUCCCAAACAAUCUGAUGUGUGUUAUUUACGCAUUGGGCUCACCGCAUUGGAACAAGUCCGAUACGCUCAAGAUGCACCCUCGACCAGAUACUCAUUAUGUUUGGAACAAGGCCAUAUCGGCAAACCUAGAAGAUUUCCUCAGUCCAGGCUUGUCAACAAUCCAAGCUGCCAUCCUCGAUCAAAUUGGGCGCCCUUCGGUUUCCAUUAUGGGAAACAUCACUUUGUGCGGCAAGACUGUAUCGCUUGCUCUGACUUUUGGCCUGCAUCGCUCCUGCCUCGAGUGGAAUAUCACAGAAAAUGAAAAGCAGAUACGAACGCGACUCUGGUGGUGCGUCUUGAUAAACGAUCAUUGGUCGAGUGUAGCGUAUGGCUUGCCUCCGUUCAUCACUGGCGGGAACUACGACGUUCCUAGACCAACAGUAAAUUCACUCAUCAGUCCAAAGGCGACCGCGCAACAGAAAGUGGCGACAACUUGCUUUGUGCACCUCUGCGGGCUGACUGAACUGCUUGGACAAAUCUUGCCAUGGGUCUACCACAUCAACCCUGAUCGAAUUCAUUUAGCAAGAGAAAUCGAUCGCUUCAAGCGGAUCCUUAUCGAACUUGAAGCACAGCUACCGGAAUGGCUUCCUCUACCAAACCGGCCCGGUACACCCAUGCUGUGGCUUUCCUUCCUUUCCAUCAGGCUCGUCCUGGCUCGCUUGAUCAUCCGCUCCGCUGUACUUGAAGGCGAUAGCAACCUGAGCCGUGAUCGCAUGGAGCAGCUUCGUAUCGCAUCGUCAGCCGUGCUCGACUUCAUUCUAACCCUAGGCGAGAUACAAUUCCAAGACUUCUGGUUGCCAUACGCCACACACCUGCUCGUGCACGCCAUCACGGUAUCCCUGCGCUGCACCGUCGAGACCCAAGACCCGGAGAUUAGAAACACGUCGGUAUCGCGACUGGAACGCGUGAUUGCGCAUAUCCAAUAUGCGCGGGACAACUACGACUGGGAUAUUGCAAUCUAUUGCCUCGAACGUUGCGCGGAUCCCGUUUCGAGGAUUGCGUCGCUGAAUGCGCGAGAGCCGCCUCCGCCAUCGGAGAGCGAAGUGACGAGUGUGGCUGCAAAUGGCCAUGGAAAUCAGCUGCAGCCCAUGCCAAACUUCGAUGAUACGAAUUUCCUAUUGUCUGACAUACUGGAUCCGAAUGCCUUUGACUUUUCAUGGGACGCCUUGUGGGACACGCCUUCUGGGAUGACCAACUUUUCUAUUUGA